AUGGUGCUGAUCAACUCUGCUCUGUUUGCUGAUGAUACUUUAGAAGAAUUGGACUGUGAACAUGUCAGCUGGAAAGUUAUAUAUGGUGUUACCGAGGAAGCCGAUUGCCACGAAUAUAUUCGACAAUCGGAACGGUGUUCCCGCACAGGGCUCCUGUCUCUCAACGGAAUCAAAGGCACCAUAUCGCUUUUCAGAACUCAAAACCAAGUCAUUGAUAUACGCGCCUACCUACCACACCGAAAAGCCGAAACACGGAAGGCUCUCGGCGUUUGGCCAAUAUGCACUGUUAAUUAUUCCGUACUGUUGUAA